AAGGGCCGCCCCUGAGGAGGUGCCAGGCCCUGGUGGCUCCAGUCUCUCCUUCCUGGUCCUGGCGGGGGGCAGGGACUAUCCGUGAGGCUGUGAGAGGAGGUCGUGCCUGGGGCUCGCCCAGGUGUCCCGGGCCUGAGUCCAUGGCCCUGGUGACAGUGAGCCGCUCGCCCCCGGCCAGCGGCCACUCCACGCCUGUGGGGCCCACGCAGGACCGGGCUGCAAGGCACAGAAGCCAGCUCCAGCGCAGGCAGAGCUUUGCCGUGCUGCGUGGGGCUCUCCUGGGACUGCAGGACGGGAAGGACAGUGGUAAUGCAGCCGAGGCCGGCUCUGAGCCAGCGGAGGAACCUCAGGAUGAAGAGCAGCCUCUUGGGGACCAGACAGACAACGAGCAAGGGCCCCAGAAACAGGAGCAGAGGCAGCACUUGCACCUCAUGGUGGAGUUGCUGAGGCCACAGGAUGACAUCCGCCUGGCAGCCCAGCUGGAGGCAGCCCGGCCUCUGCGACUCCGCUAUCUGCUGGUGGUUUCCACAAGAGAAUGCCUGAGCCAGGAGGAGACAGUCCUCCUGGGGGUGGACUUCCCUGACAGCAGCUCCCCCUGCUGCACCCUAGGUCUGGUCUUGCCCCUCUGGAGUGACACCCAGGUGUACCUAGAUGGAGAUGGUGGCUUCAGUGUGACAUCCGGUGGGCAGAGCCGAAUCUUCAAGCCCAUCUCCAUCCAGACCAUGUGGGCCACGCUCCAGGUGUUGCACCAGGCAUGUGAGGUGGCUCUGGGCAGUGGCCUCAUACCCGGCGGCAGUGCCCUCGCCUGGGCUGCCCACUACCAGGAGAGACUGAACUCUGACCAGAGCUGCCUCAACGAGUGGAUGGCUAUGGCUGACCUGGAGUCCCUGCGACCUCCCAGCGUAGAGCCUGGCCAGCCCUCAGAGCAGGAGCAGAUGGAGCAGGCGAUCCGGGCUGAGCUGUGGGAGGUGCUGGACACCAGUGACCUGGAGAGCAUCACUUCCAAAGAGAUCCGCCAGGCCCUGGAGCUGCGCCUAGGACGCCCUCUCCAGCAGUACCGGGACUUCAUUGAUAACCAGAUGCUGCUGCUCAUGGCCCAGCAAGACAGGGCUUCCCGCAUCUUCCCCCACCUCUACCUGGGCUCUGAGUGGAACGCGGCCAACCUGGAGGAGCUACAGAGAAACAGGGUCAGCCACAUCUUGAACAUGGCCCGAGAGAUUGACAACUUCUACCCUGAGCGCUUCACCUACCACAAUGUGCGCCUCUGGGAUGAGGAGUCAGCGCAGCUGCUGCCCCACUGGAAAGAGACACACCGCUUCAUUGAGGCUGCGAGAGCACAGGGCACCCGGGUGCUGGUCCACUGCAAGAUGGGUGUCAGCCGCUCGGCCGCCACGGUGCUGGCCUACGCCAUGAAGCAGUACGGCUGGAGCCUGGAGCAGGCUCUGCUCCACGUGCAGGAGCUCCGGCCCAUUGUCCGGCCCAACCCUGGCUUUCUGCGCCAACUACAGACCUACCAGGGUAUCCUGACUGCCAGCCGGCAGAGCCACGUCUGGGAACAGAAAGUGGGUGGGGGCUCCCCAGAGGAGCCCUCGGCCCCCGAAGUCUCUACACCAUUCCCACCUCUUCCACCAGAACCAGGGGGCAGUGGGGUAGUUAAAGCUAUGGGCUUGGAGGAAAGCCAGGCAGCCCCAAAAGAAGAGCCAGGGCUGCGGCCGCGCAUCAACCUCCGCGGGGUCAUGCGGUCCAUCAGUCUUCUGGAGCCCUCCACAGAGUUGGAGGGUGCCUCCGAGGCCAGUGACCUCCCAGAGGUUUUUUCCUCCCAUGAGUCUUCAGAUGAAGAGCCUCUGGGGCGCUCCCCUCAGCUCUCAAGGGCUAAGGGAGGCCGGCAGGCCCAAAAGGGGUCUUGGCCUGCCCUGAAGUCUCGCCAGUCUGUGGUUGCCCUCCAGAGCGCUGCCCUCGUAGCCAGCCGGACGCGGGCCUUCCAGGAGCAGGAGCAGGAGCAGGGGCCGAAGGUUGGAAUAUCCUCCACACCUAGGCUUCGGAAGGUGGUGAGGCAGGCCAGUGUGGACGAAAGCAGAGCGGAGGGCGAGGCCUGACCUCACACGCCUUCUCCCCUUAGGCUUUAAACAGAGAAACUGAUCCACUGCCCUCAGCAAGCACCCCUCACACCUGCGGCCCGCACACACUCCCUUGAGCUCCUCCUGGCAGGACCACCCAGACCCUGUCACUACAGCACCUCCUACAGCCUUAAAUCUCAAACCACCUGUCAAGGGCUCAAAACUUUCUUUUUUCUUUUUUUUGGUAUCGGGAUUGAACUCAGGGGCA